AUGUGGGGCAAUGACAAGAACUGCUGGGUGAGGUACUUUCGCCAGGAGGAGGGUGGGCUUGAGGAGCAGCUCGGGCCCGCCAACCCUUUCAGAGACAUCCGGUUCAAGAUGAAAGGCACGCAGGCCACGCCGGCCUUCGCAGUGGUCGACUGGGAUUCAGAUGGAGAUCUAGACUGGUUGCUACAAGACCACGAGGGUCUGUGGUUCAUGGACUUCGACAGCACAGGCACUCUUCGAAACACGUCUGCUGUAAUGCUCGUCGACAAGGUCGGCCAGCUGCUAUCAGGUUCCAUGCUGGCGCCGUCAGAAAUCUACUCGCUUCCGUUCGCUGCAAUUGAUUGGGACGAAGACGGCGACCUGGAUCUUUUGAUAAGGAACCCCGACCAAGAUGCAUGGCCGGCAGAGAUCCUCUACUUUGAGCGCACACACUCCUCCGUGUUGAAGGAGGUGCGAAGUCCUUUCUCCGGCUUCGGAGUGAGCACGAAGUCCAGCCUGAUUGUGGCAGUUAUCUUCGGCACGACCGCGACCAUGCUCUGCGAGAGCCUCUUUAGUCUCUUGGAUGCCCAGUGUUUCCUCCACGGAACCCAAGAUGGAAAUUUCGAGGAUUGGAGCGACGGUGCUUCUAAUCCUUUCGUUGGAAUGGAAGGCUCAGCUGACGAGUGCUGGGACUUCAGUGGCGCGGCCGUCACAGCUGUAGAUUGGGACAAGGAUGGCAUGCUGGAUCUGCUGGUGACCACGAGUGUCCCAUACUACUCCAGCGACAAGGCUGCUGGUGUGUUCCUGUUCUCGUGGAACCACUCCCGGCCGUUGGUGGAGCGAACAGGCAGCUCGUCGAUCUUUCACAUCUGGCGGAAGAUGGCGCACCCAGCCGUCACGGACUGGGAUGGGGAUGGGGACUUGGACCUCAUCCUCGGGUCGAAGUAUGGGAAAGUGGAGGUGUUUAUUCGCGGCGACGAUGGCCGUCUGGGGCAGCCGCAAGAGCUCCUAGAGCUGGAGGAGUUGUCCACCGCGCGCCCUGUUGCUGUGGACUGGAACAACGAUGGUCGAAUGGAUCUACUGGUUCCCAGCCCUACUUACCGCGACACUUGGGAAGCUAAGGAAGGCAGCGGGGUGCUGUACUUCGAGCGCCAGGCGAAUGGAAGCCUGGAAGAGAAGUUCCGGCUGAACGCGAGCAUGUCCAUUUGCUUUGCAGCUGCUGUGGCGGACUGGGAUGGGAAUGGCCUUCUGGACAUACUUCUGCCGUGCAGCAAUGACACUUUCUCGUUGCCCAACGGCUCCUUCGUGGAGGGGCCAGCGCCGGUAGGCGACCUGGAGGACAUCUCUACCGGCCUGUCCUUCGUGUUCCUGCAGGCCAUCGAUCUCGACUCGGAUGGGAGAGCGGACCUCGUUUUGCGUGACGGGCCGAUUCUUUGGUGUGCGGAAGUCAACGCAAGCCACUUCCCGCUCCUUCCGGAUCAGCUUCCGCACCUGGAAAUUGGCGAAACCUUCUUCUUUGCAGACGGCGACUUGGAUGGUGACCUGGACCUCUUGACAGCUAUAGGUCACCGGGAUGGCGGGACUGUUCGCUACUUUGACAGCGGGUACUGUCGACUACCCCAGGCAUGCACUGGCGGUGCAUGCAGCCUUUCCCUGGGCGUUUGCACCUGCUUUGUCGGGCACUCUCUGUCGGAUUGCUCCGCCUGCAGCCGGGGAUACUUCGAUCCACUGAAGAUCAAUGUUUCAGUUCCAGCAGAAGAGAUCAUAAGGAAGUGCUCGGCGUGCCCAGGAGUGCCAGACACAGAGGCCUGCUCUGGCCGCGGCACUUGCGGCGACGAUUCCCUUGCGAGAGGCACCGUCUUAGAUGGCCCUCGGAUGAACGUCUACGGAAACGGCGCGUGCACCUGCAGCACCCCGUUUACUGGAGUGCGGUGCGAGGAGGGCUUCUGCCCGCCUGGCAAGAAGAAGCAGCGAGUGCCUUCCCUGCAAAGCGCUCUGGUGGCGCACCCCGACCGGACGGUGGUAAAUUGCUGUAUGGUCGUCACAGCCGACAGAACCGGCUGCGAUGCAUCCCUCCUGCAUCUCGGUAGGAAUGCACCAGCGUUCGGCAUUGAUCUCUUGCUGUCCUUCUUGCUCUUUGCCGUCCUGCCCCACUUGGCAUAUCGUUCCAUGUGCGUGGAAGACGUGCAGCUGAAGGACUCGACCCAGUAUCUCGCGAAGGCGCAGAAUGACCGCCAGCUGAUCGUCUGCGACAUGCAAGGAACGGCUGUGUCGGUUCCGGCUGAUGCAUCGCAGGGUACCUGCUAUGUUCACCGCCUUGAUAGCCUGCUCAGGGGUGUACUCGGCUUGCCCUUCCUGGCUUGCUUGGGCAUUGCGGCCUCAGCCCUGUCGGCGACUUUCCUUGCGUUGGGCGUCGUUGCCUUCGAUGCGGUCAUGACCAAGCAGACACUGAGCCGAGAUCUCCGCGCCUUCGGAGCACGUCUGCGCGACAGACUACGCUUGGGCAGCAUCCAGGACCUCUACGAGUUCUUCAGCGCCUAUAUCGGACAGAGGCUGAAUUCCGACCAGGUAAAACUCUCCUAUGCGGAGGUGGCUGGGCCCGCUGCAGUCCGCUGGUUCGUUUCGCACUACUGGGGCAUGCCAUUCCAACACUUCCUGGCCCAGGCAGUAGGACACCGUUGGGUCACCGAUAACCUGGUCUUGGUUGAGGGCUUGGGGUACAGCACCUUUGCGAACAACCAGUGGCAAGUGGCGGCGGAGUUGGGAGAUGAGGUGCAGAGCUCUUCCUUCUUCUUGGCUCUCAGGAGCAGCUCUUGCCUCGGUACGCUGGUGGUGCUGGACGAGGAGGUCCUCCCUCUGACCAGGUCCUGGUGCCUCUUUGAGCUCUUCCAAACCGAGAUGCUGAGCCGUGAGAAGAGUGGCUUCCAGGGGCUGCUCCUUGGCUACUUAAACCCAAUGGAUGGAUCCAUGGAUGUGGAUGCUGCAGCUGGCCAGCAGCCGAACACCUACGAGCUGGCCUGCCUCGAGGAAAUGGCAAAGCUGCAGGUGAGCUUAAACAGCAUGUCGGCCAGGCCGUGGUUCUGGUUCUCUGGGACUUUGGUUCUCGACAUGUGGGAGUAUGUCGAAGCUAAGUGGAGUGAAGAGGAGCAGCUUGGCAUCGUUCCAGGCUUCUGGCCUUUGCAACCAGCCUUCGGGCUUUUGAUAAAGCGAUGUGUGUCUGCCAGCUGCCCUGACGACAAGCGCCUCAUCGACGACGAGGUGUCCAAUCACCCGGGUGGCUUCGAAGUGAGUAUCCGAGACUAG